GCUCCGGGCGGCCGUGACGUCAGACGAGCGGAGGCUCUUCACCAGCGAGCGGCAGGUGCGGCGCGUUCAGUGCCGCCUCGCACGGUCUCCUCCGGUGCCCAGCCCGCUGGAAGAGAGGAGAGGUCCCUGAUGAAUCCAGAAAACCCUCCACCAUAUCCGGGCCCUGGUCCGACAGCCCCAUACCCACCUUAUCCACAACAACCAAUGGGGCCUAUGGGGGCGCCCUAUCCUCCUCCUCAGGGAUACCCCUACCAAGGAUACCCACAGUACGGCUGGCAGGGCGGCCCUCAGGAGCCUCCUAAGACCACAGUGUACGUGGUGGAACGGGAGAAGAAGACGGACAGCGGGUGUCAGGCGGCUCUGGCCGCGUGCUGGGCUGCACUCUGCUGCUGCUGCCUCCUGGACAACUUGGACUGAGCAGCCAGACCAAGGGGCCCACAGCCUGCCGCCUCCUGUUCGGAAAUAAACAACUAGUGUUGCACACUCUUCAUUUUCCUUCUUUCUUUGAGAAAUAACCUGUAGACUUUGAAAUCCUAGCAUCUG